CAGUCUCAUUGGCUUAAAGAAAGAUCUGCUUCCUUAAAGAGAAUAGAGAAGCCGUGUGGGAAACCUAUAUAAACCCAACUAACUUUAUAAGCUGAUACUCCUUCCCUCUAAUCCCUCCGAACAUCUUGCUGCGCGCUGAAAGACUGAAGGCAGUAACACCCCCACCUGCCACCCACAAGGCGUCUUCACCUUCACAGAAGGGCACCACAAAGAGCCUGGCAAGAUGUCUGAGAAAAAGAUGUCUUCCAGCCGCAGGCAACAUCUGAAGAGCUUGUUGCUUCAGAUUGCUCAUGGCAUUUUGGAGGAAGAGGCAGCUGAGGCUGUGGAGGAAAAACAGAGAUACAUGGAUGAGAACUGCCCAGUUCUCUCAAUGCCUGGAGGCAUGCAAGAACUACAGGAGCUGUGUAGGAAGUUGCACAUGCAGAUCGAUACCGUUGAUGAACAAAGAUAUGAUAUGGAGAGCAAAGUGGCCAAGUCAGACAAAGAGAUUGAGGAUCUGAAGAUAAAGGUUCAAGACCUUAAAGGUAAAUUCAAGAAACCGGUUCUGAAGAAAGUGCGUAUGUCUGCUGACGCCAUGCUGCAGGCCCUGCUGGGCUCCAAACACAAGGUGUCUCUGGACCUGAGAGCCAACCUCAAACAGGUCAAGAAAGAGGUCAAGGAGGAGGAGAAGGAGUCAGUGGGAGACUGGCGUAAGAACAUCGAGGAUAAGGCUGGUAUGGAUGGCAGGAAGAAGAUGUUUGAGUCUGAGGCCUAAAUCAGUUUUUCUUGAAUACAUUUCCAUUUCCAUACAAUGAUUUAUUAAGUCAGGUUGUCUUAAUUCUAAUGGUCUUCAGGGUUUUGAGAGAGGGUAAUGCUAUCUAUUGUUUGAAGUCACAGUUGGUUAUGUAUUGUAUAAAAGAGGUUUUGAUGUAUGUGAUGGUUGGUUUUGCAUCUGAGGCUUUAAUUCAUGAAAGAAUAAUCUGACUUUGGGUGUUUGUAAGUAGACUAAAUUAAUCAAUAAUGACCCAUUUAAAUACUCAACACAGUACUGUAAGACAUUUGCUGGGGGAAAAGAUUAAAAAUAAACGACGAAUCAAACAAAA